GUCGAGUUACCAAACUUCAGCGAGAGUAAAACAGCGAGGAGACAACCGUGGACUAAAACGAGAAGCUAUUUGUUUCGUUAUUUUGUUGUUGUUGGUGAAUACAUGUUAGUUAUGUCAUCUAUUUAAUUGUACACGAUAGCGAGUUAAUAUAACACACGGUAUAUUUAGUCUUUAAUUUGACAGUCUAGAAAAAAUAAAAUAAUGAGACUAUAAAGGAAUGUUUUGGUGAAAACGAAAGCUUGACGCUUCCACCGAAACAAAACAGCAGUCAUUAGAUAUACUGUUUCCUGGUAUUCAUUGCACAGCCUGAAUGGAAAACGUUUUAUAUUGUUAGUUAAUCAGAAAGCUAACUAACUCUUAGUGUCUCUAGUGAGACUAUCAAGACUCAACAGCAUCGAUAAACCAACUAUGGACGGAUGUCAACCAAACAUGCGGCAAAAUAACAACGAAAAAAGUGUAGAAAAAUGUAUGGACGAAUACCUGAAAUCCAUCGGCUUUCACCGGAAAAAAAUAGCCAAAGAUGGGUCGUGUUUAUUUCGGGCUGUUGCUGAACAGGUGUUACACUGUCAAAGCCUCCAUACCAAAGUCCGUGCCACCUGUGUGCAGUAUCUAAAGAAGAACAAGGAGAACUAUGCGGCGUUCAUAGAAGGAGACUUCGAGGAGUACAUAAUGAAACUUGAGGACCCUCAGCACUGGGUGGGAGAGGUGGAGAUAUGUGCACUGGCUCUGAUGUACAAGAGUGAUUUCAUCAUCUUCCAGACCCCUGGUAAACCUCCUGUUCAAAUCACUGACAACGGCUUUAAUGACAAGGUGCGUCUGUGCUUCCUGAACGGGAACCAUUACGACAGUGUCUACCCCAUAGCUCAUGUGAAGAAUGCUGCCCUGUGCCAGUCCGUCCUGUACGAGCUCCUCUAUGAGCGCGUGUGUGGCACGGACCAUUCCGUGGUGGCUCCCUGUCUGAAGGGCGGUACCGGUAACCGUGGUAACGACCUUCUCGAAGACGACCCGGACAAUGAGCAGUGUCGUAGCAGCGACGAGUCGGACCUGGAGGGAGAGGACGCUCUCUGGAGCCAGGAUGGACCAGCUGGACCUGCAGCCCGGGGACUCACCGUUAAGGGUCGAGGAAGUCGAGGCCCACCCUUCUCCAACAGGGUCAGACGUUCUCUCAACCCCUUCCUCUACAGAAACACUGAGUACGAUGUCUGGGUCAAGUCCAAGAGAGCUCAGCAGAAGCUGGAUUUCUGCAUCGCCGCUGGGAUGCAGUAUACAGUGGGAGACAAGUGCAAGGUUCGCCUUGACAACGGUGGGCGUUACUAUGGCGCCUACAUCCAGGAAGUGUCGCCUGACAACGGGCCCGUCACUGUCUUCAUAGAGGAACUGGGCAAGAAACACACUGUGUCCCUCUGGAACCUGCGCCCCCCCACAGAUGAUGGGUUGUCCUGGAGCACGGUGGCCCGAGACGGAAAGAGACUGAACAACGGCUCUGCUCCAAACUCUGAUUGGGAGGGCAGGGGAAGAGGGAGGAAGUCAGGGAAGCCUUCAACGCCGUCGGCAACGCCGUCCGUCUCCCAGGCUAAAGGACCCUCCCAAAGUGGUGGGCGUGGUGUCCAGAAGCAGCACUCUUGGCCCCUGCAGGCCACCGUAGAGGAGGGAGGUGUCCGGAGCACCAACACCAGGAGACCCUCUUCCAGCUCUGUGUCAGAGGCAGCAUCAGUAGCAGCAGUGGAAUCAUUUGGUCUAUCAGAGGCACAGCGUCAAGCCAAAGAGGAGGAGCAGAGGAACAUGGCCCUACUGGAGAUGGCGCUACGGGAUGAGAGAAGCUUCCCUGCACUGGGGGUGGUGUCUAAUGCCAGUGAGGGGAAGAAGAGGACAGGCAGAGGCAUGAGGAGAUCAACACUAGAGGAGGAGAGGAAGACCCCAUCACCUCCUACUCCUAACCUUCCUCCUACUCCUAACCUUCCUCCUACUCCUAACCUUCCUCCCACUCCUAACCUUCCUCCCACUCCUAACCUUCCUCCCACUCCUAACCUUCCUCCUAACCUUCCUCCCACUCCUAACCUUCCUACCACUCCUACCUUUCCUGCUACUCCUAACCUUCCUCCCACUCCUACCUUUCCUCCCACUCCUAACCUUCCUCCCACUCCUAACCUUCCUGCCACUCCUAACCUUCCUCCCACUCCUAACCUUCCUCCCACUCCUAACCUUCCUGCCACUCCUACCUUUCCUGCUACUCCUACCUUUCCUGCUACUCCUAACCUUCCUCCAACCACCAUUCCUUCCACCCCUAUCCAUGUCAACUCCUGGCCUAAAACAACUGCUGCUGUUCCUGUCGUCCCCACCCCUCACCUCGUCCCACCUGUGUCUGGGGUUUUAACUGCCCUACCUCUGGUGACCUCUGUGCCCGACACGGUGACCUCUGUGCCCGACACGGUGACCUCUGUGCCCGACACGGUGACCUCUGUGCCCGACACGGUGGACCAAUCCCCUCAGACAAUACAGACUGUCCCUCUCAACCCUCCCUCUCUCAAUCUCACCCACCCCUCCUCUCUUCCACAAUCUGGUCAACCCUAUCUACCCCAAUGUUCUCUCUCCCAGCCUCCUCUCUCCCAGCCCCUCUCUCCCAGCCCCUCUCCCAGCCUCCGCUCUCCCAGCUCCCCCCCCUCCCAGGAUCCUCCAUCCGGUGAGGUCUCCUCCGCCUACACCCCAGCUUUAUCCCACAUCGGUGUUCCCCCCACUUCCUUCCUCCCCACCAACCACCCACCUCACCCCUCCAACCACCCUUCCCUUCCCCCUGGGCUCUCCCCAGCCCCCCUCCAGCCCCAGACUGUCACCCAGCCCCCGCUGUCGUUCCACCAGCUGGCUCAUCUCUACCAAGACCCCUUGUUCCCAGGGUUUCCUUUGUCUGACAAGGAAGAGAUCGUCCAGACUCCCCCUUAUUCUUAUAUCCACACGGGAGAGGACCUGCCACGAGAUGUCAACAUCCUGAGGUUUUUCUUCAACCUUGGUGUGAAGGCGUUCACCAACCCCAUGUGGCCCCACUCUUACAUCCUCCCUCUUCACCAGGCCUACAGCAUGCAGCCCAAACUACCCUCAGUCUCCCUCCCCUCUUCCCACUGGUACCCCUCCCACCCCUCCACCGUGCCCCAGGAGGGGUACGGACACCCCCACCCUCAGUACCCCUCCCCCACGGGUUUGGGGGGCCUCCAUCUGCAUGACAACCUCCAGAGAUCAACCCCCCAAUCGGUUGCAGAACCUCCCCAGCAUAUGGAGUUCAGAUACGGGCAGGAUGGUCGCUCUGCCCUGGGGUACCCUUCCAACCGCCACCUUCACCCUGCCUCAACCCAGCCCGUGCCGUUCCAGCCACGUAUGGCUGGCUCUCUACCCUGGUGUAGCAACGUUACCCCGCGACCGAAUGCCUACGCUGGGGUAUGCUCUGUACCCACACCCCUGACACAAUACUCUCCACAAGCACCCCAACCUGCACCUCCCAACCAGUACCCGACUGCACCUCCCAACCAGUACCCGACUGCACUCCAAUCCUCUACCCACACCUCUCAAGCUCAGCCCUACACUCCAGCUCCAGCCGCCUCCCCUCCCUCCGUACCCCAGUACCAAUCAGCGUCUCUGGGGUACCCUCCCCCGAGGCUGCCCAGUGGGAACCAGACCCGAGGACCGCUGGAUCCUUGCCCCGCCAGCGGUGCCUCUUCCCUGUGUAUGAGGUCCAGCCACAGCCCCCUGGAGAACCAUAAUGCUAAUACUACCUCUUUUGUCAAUAUUACUACUGAUGCUGAUGCUGCUGCUACUACCUUGUCUAGUACUACUGCUUCCAACACAGAGAGAGCUUUACAGACUGUUCUUGCAGGCUUCGCAGACAGAGGACAGGGAGACAUGAAGACUGCUGGCACUCUGCUAGUGAACCCUCUUCCUCCUACUGAGCAGGUCACAUGGGUCCCCGAGGGUCACCUGAUAACAACAGUAAGUGCCCACACCAUGUUCAAGGAUGUAUCCGUCGGCAUGGCGAUGCAGGGUGCGGGCGACGCCCCCAUGACCCAGAGCGGGGCGGAGUUCAACAUGAAAACGACCAAUGAGACGACGACGGGGAGCUGGGGCGAGACUUCAUAUUUAGUGCCUCAGGCCCCAAGCGGCGUAACAUCAUUGGACCGAGACUGGGAGGGAGGGGAGUGGCUAGACCCUAAUGACCACACCCUCAGAAACGGAAAGAAGUUCUACAGUCGCUCCUUCAGAGGUGGAGGAGGGAGGGGAGGACACGAGGAGGGAGGAGGAGCCAGGGGGUAUAGAGAGAACCGUUGGAGGGGGGAGAGACGGGGGGUAGGAGGUUACCGAGGAGUGGGGAGGAGAGAUAACAGGGAAGGUUUCCGGGAACAAGACCGAGGGGACAGGAAGCAGGAAGGAAGAGGGGGCGACGCCACCUCUAAAGGACAAAAUGUGAGGGGUCGGGGGAGGAGCUACCACUACAAUCAACAGCAAUCCAAUGUCAGAGAGGCAGGCUACUCUAGUGGGAUGAGGAACCCCCCUUAUACAGAUUUGUGAGAUUUGAUUGGCUGAUAUGGCUUUUUUGGGGGGGGGGGGGGGGGUUGUUUAUAUUUUUGUUUUUUUCUGAUUUGGUAUUUUAAUCGUCUGGUUUGUGGGAUUAUAUAGCCGUCGUUGGACUCGUCUUUUAAAAAAGAAAAAAAAAUCUGUCAAGUGUCUUUCUCCAUGUUAUUGUUGCUUUCUGGACUCAGGCUGUAUCCCAUAUAUAGUGCACUACCCCCCCAUAGGGCCCUGGUCAAAAGUAGUGCACUAUAUAGGGGUUAGGGUGUCAUUUGGGAUACAGACUAUCUCCUCUGAAAGAUGUUAAUCCUGCACAGGUAGUUAAUGUUAUUCCAGGUAGAUGUUUGAAUUUUCAUUUAAUAAAAGUUUGCUGUAUUAGACAUGA